UCAUUAUAAUAAAUGAUUUUAAAUAACGACGAAAAGGUUAUUGAAUUCUUAGCUUCUGUUAUCCUUUUUUUUUAUUGAGAAUGUUAGAAAAAAAUCGAACCAAAGAUAUUUACUCUACGUCAGUAAUUUUGGAUUUUUUCAACCGCAAGAAUGUACAAUGCUUGCUACAGUGUAUUAUAUUCAUUAAAGAAUAAAACGUAUUUAUCACCGUUUGCGAUUGUGCAAGUCAACGAUAUUCUACUGUCAACUUGUAUUUUAUUUAUAAAAUUUCAAUAAGUAAAACAAAUUUUUAGUUUAUUUACUGUUAAUAUAAUAAAGUGAUAUUAAAAAUUUUUUUAAACUAAUAAAUCAUAUUUCUAAUUUUAACAAUAAAACGACAGUUAAAUAAUAUUCAAAAUAAACAUUAAAUUUAAAAAAUAUCAUGGAUUCUUAUGGCUGCGGAUGUAAAAAUGUUAUUAUUAUAGAAGGAAUAUUUGGAGAAAUUUAUCCUGAUUUAUCAUGUUACAAAGGAGAGGAUUUGAAAUAUAAUCAAGAAUCUUUUGAAUCUCUAAUCGAAGAUAGUAAUGAAGGUUUAAAUGAAUUAAAGCCUAUAAUUGUUAAAUCUUAUACCAUGAUAAAUAAUAAUCGAAUGGAAGUUACUGUUAUCACAUGGGGUGCAUCUAUUGUAUCUCUCAAAUGUCCUGAUAAAUUUGGUCAUAGUACAGAUAUUGUUCUUGGUUUUGAUGAUUUAAAAAGUUACAUGAAUCCUGUACUUAAUCCAUUUAUCGGAUGUGUAUUAGGCAGAUGUGCAAAUCGUAUUAGAAAUGGUUGUUUUAGUAUUAAAGAUAAAGAUUAUGAAUUAACUAAGAAUGAUAAUAACCAUCAUUUACAUGGAGGGACAAAUGGAUUUGGUCGACAAAUUUGGAACUCACAUAUUGAUGACUGUUCUGUUGUUAUGAGUUAUUUAAGCGAAGAUGGAGAAGAAGGAUAUCCAGGUGCAGUUUUAGCUACAGUCAGAUUCAAAUUAACACCUGAUAAUAAAUUGGAAAUACAUAUGCGUGCAACAACAUCUAAAUCAACUAUAAUAAAUAUGUCACAUGGUUCUUUGUUUAAUCUUGCUGGACAUGAUGCUGGUGAAGUAGAAUUAAGAAAACAUAAAAUAUUGUUGAACUGUGAUCGCUGGACUUUUUCAGAUUACUCAGAUUCUAUACCAACAGGAGCUAUCAGAGGAGUAGGUGGAACAAUUAUGGAUCUUCGUAUACCAAGACUUUUGGGAGAAUAUAUGGAGAAAGUUCCUCCAGGAGAAGGUUUUGAUCACAACUUUUGUGUAACAAAAAAUUGGCAAUCUGAUAGUUCAUUCGUUGCUCGGGCAUUACAUAUGAAAUCCGGACGUGUUCUAGAAGUCUACUCAAAUCAGCCUGGUCUUCAAUUUUAUACUGGUGGGCGUUUGUUACAACAAUUUACUCCUUCUACAUUUGUAACAUAUGAUCAUUACGUACAUCAACAAAAGGCAGAUGAAGAUAUUAUCAAUUAUUUGAGUACAAAUGAAGAAAAUAAAGAAAGUGAAGAGGAAUUGUUAACACCUGAUGUAAAACCACUUCAGUUUCUUACAGGAAAAAAAGGAGCACAUUAUAAAAAGAAUUGUGCUUUUAGCAUUCAACCUCAGAAUUAUCCAAAUGCUAUUAAUUAUGCACAUUUUCCAUGUGCAAUUCUGUAUCCGGGUCAAGUUUAUUGUCAUGAUCUCACAUAUAAGUUUGGAAUACAACUUGCUAAUUAUAUGUAGAUAUGGAAAUAUAUAACAUACAAAAAAAUAAAUAAAUAAAAUUAAAAUAGCAAAAAACUUAGCUACUGCACCUAUUGUAUUUCCAAAUGAAUAGCUGACUGUUAAUGAGCGCUGAAUCCAUCGA